UAGGCCAGCACUUCCAUUGUAAAUACCAUUCAUUCUUUCAAUAUAUAAUCUCUUGUUUCAUUUUCUUUCCACAAAAUAACCACCUAAUUAAGAUGGAUCAAGCUAGUACAAUUGAAGCUGAACCUUCAAUAGUGUUACAUAGCAAAUCCAAGAAAGUGGUAAAAUCAAGAGACAAUAGUAAUGAAUUUGAAGGAUCAAUAGGAGAGAAACCAUCAAGAUAUGAAGUUUGGGGAUGGUAUUUGUAUGAGUUUUGCUCUUACUUUGUUCAAACUGUUGUUAUACCUGUACUCUUUCCUCUUAUUAUUAGUCAGUUACAGAUUCUACCUACGGAUCCUGUUCCAGAUUGGCAAAAUAGUCACCAUGGCAUGAUCUGUUCAGACAAGGAAAUUCAUCUGUACAGCACUCUCACAAAGCGCACAAUAACAGUGAAUGGUUCAAAAUUCUCUUCAAUGGAAUGGACAUCAAUUGCAUGGGCUUCAGGUUUAACCUUAGCCAUUCCAAUCCUCACUUUCAUCUCUUUCCACCUUAACAGCCAAUACCAAACCCUAAUCACAGCAGCAUCCACAGGCAUUGGAGUUUUCUUCUGUCUUCCAGCAGGAUUCUUCAAAACAACCUUAAUCUUCAUUCCCUACAUUGCUUUCAUAGUCUUAGCUAGCACAGUUGCAAGUUCAUCUCACACUCACCAUCUUGCUCUCAUGAUUUCUUCCUUCAACAAAUCCAAAACAAACAAAGUUUCAAGUUUCUUCUCUCUUUAUGCUACUUCUUUUGGUUGUUUAGGUUCAGCCAUUAUCUCUUCUUUCAUUUACCAUAUGCUUCGAGAACCUGAUGAUCGUAAUUAUUUCACCCUUUGGAUUGUUUCAAUCUUCAGUGGCUUAAUUUGGUUAGUUGGUGUUUUACAUGUCGUUACAGCUAUUAACAGAACAACUGUUUCUUCAGUUUCUUUGAUUAACAAAUCCAUGUUUUACCCUUGUUCUCUACUCAAACAUCCAAAAGCAAUUGGAGGACUUUUUGGGGUUUUCCUCUCAUCAUUUACCACAAUGUGUAUUUUCAUUGGUGGUGUGCUUUUCAUAGUUGGUAACCUUUGCAUUAGGCCACCACACUUGCUUUAUUUUUGGUUAAUUUAUUUCCUUUUUCCUUUAGUUUCUUUGCCACUUUUGCACCCAUUGCAGCUAUUACUUAAGGCAAAUUCUGCCAAAAUGAAAAUCAUUGGUUUUCUUCUAUCAAUGUUAUCUUCUGGUUUUGGAUUCUAUUUUUGGAAUAGUCAUUGGAAAUUGGGUCAUAUAUUGAUAUUUGGAGGGGUUCAAAGCAUUGGAAGUGGACUUUUGCAUGCAUUUGGAAGAGUUUUGAUUUUGGAAUGUGCUCCUAAUGGGAAAGAAGGUGUUUUCUGUGUUUGGUAUGGUUGGAUUAGAGCUGCUGGGUUGUGUUUGGGUUUCACAGUUGCUUCAGUGGUUCCUGGGCAAAUUAAAACAUCUUUUGGAGCUGCUUUUGUUGCUGCACUUGUUGGAAUUAUUGUUCUGCUUUUUGGAAAUGUUGGUGACAAUAGUAAGAGUGACUCCCAAGACAAUGAUAAUCUUGGAUUAGAUUCGAAAGAAUCUAUUAGUGUUUGAUUGAGAACCCACAUAAGAAUAAAUUUAUCUUAAUUACUAUCAAACAAUCUUAUAUGCUAUAUGCAUUUUCAUAUUCUUUGCAAUGGUGUUAUUAGAUCGGUCUUAUAUUUACGAUUGAUGAUUGA